AUGGCCGACGCUAAGAGCACCUCGCCCGCUCCCCGGGAAAAGUUGGAAGCUCAGGUCAAGAGCGCUGAUAUGACCGAGGACAUGCAGCAAGAGUGCAUCGAAGUCGCCCAGGAGGCCAUGGCCAAGUUCACCAUUGAGAAGGAUAUUGCCCAGCACAUCAAGCGCACUUUCGACGAGCGCAAGGGUCCUACAUGGCACUGUAUUGUCGGCCGCAACUUCGGUAGCUUUGUGACGCACGAGACUAAGCACUUCAUCUACUUCUACCUCGGUCACUGCGCCAUCCUCCUUUUCAAGACUCAAUGA